GCAGUCUGAUAAAAUCUGUGUUUUUGAGAACUCCCUCCCUUCUCCCACUCACUCACACACACUAUCAUAUUAAUACUCAUAUAUACAAAAACAAACACCUAAUAAGGUUUUAGAGAGAGAGAGAGGGAGGGAGAAUGGGGUUCACUUUACUUUUCCCUUCUUUUCUGGCAUAAUGAAGAGAGCAGCAACCAACAACACAUCUUAUCAGUAUUAAUGGCUAUUGAGCAAUCCGCUGAGAAAUCCUUCCUCGACGCCACCCUCUACUGCGAAGAAGAGAAAUGGGCCGACGUCGAUGAAGACGACGAUGACACUCUCUCUCUCUCCCCAUUGCUUCUCCUGGAGCAGGACCUCUUCUGGGAAGACGAGGAGCUCCAGUCUCUCUUCUCCAAGGAGAAACAAACACGCCCCAUCUCCAACCACUCUCUCUCUCUCUCUCCAUCCAGAAAGGAAUCCGUCCACUGGAUUCUCAAAAUCAACGCUCACUACUCCUUCUCCCCUCUCACCGCCAUCCUCGCCGUCAACUACCUCGACCGCUUCCUCUCCUCCCUCGCCGAAGACAAGCCCUGGAUGAUGCACCUCGCCGCCCUCACCUGCCUCUCUCUCGCCGCCAAGCUCGAAGAGACCCACGUCCCUCUUCUCUUAGAUCUUCAAGUUGAGGAAACCAAAUACGUUUUCGAGCCCAAGACUGUCCAGAGAAUGGAGCUGCUAGUGCUGUCGGCUCUGGAAUGGCGGAUGAAUCCAGUCACCCCGGUUUCGUUUCUCGAUCACAUUAUAAGAAGGCUCGGAUUGAAGAGCCACCACGUCCACUGGGAAUUCCUCACCCCCUGCCAGAAUCUCCUUCUCUCUGUCUCUUCAGAUCCGAGAUUCACACUGUAUCUCCCCUCUGUGUUGGCGACUGCGACAAUGCUUCACGUGAUACACCGAUUGGAGCCGCGGCGCGCCGUUGAGUAUGAGACCCAGCUUCUCGGCGUGCUCAAAAUCAACAAGGAAGAAGUGGAUGAGUGUUACGAGGUGAUUCAAGAGGUACUAGAUUCAAUUUCAAACAAUGGAUACAACAAUGGAUUGAAGCGUAAAAUUUGUCAAGUUCCACUUCCAGGUAGCCCAGAUGCUGCAAUUUUGAAUUCGGAUUGCAAGAAAGCAAGAGUUCAUCAAAUCAGACUCCCCUCAUUAAUUACACACUCUCCCUCUCCCUCUCUAAACAUUUAAUUUUCUAUAUAUUCCUCUUAAUUAAUUGUUUCUAAAUGGCCUUUCCACCAACAACUCUGCCAAUUUGUGCACAAGGAGAAAAAAAAUACUUAUAUGGAGAGAGAGAGAGAAGAGAGAGUUGGUGGUGGCAGGAAGAGCUGGCAUUUGUUAGAGAGAAGUGAGAAGGGAGUAGUGAAAAAAAGACCAGAUGCAAUGAAGAAUAUCUGCACUCUGUUUUAUCUACUUAUGUUCACUCUCUCUCGUAUGGACAAUUCAUGAAUUGAGGCAUAUCUUAAUGUUAAACAUCUUUCUUGUACAUAGAUAUCUUUCCCUUUUUUAUCUC